AUGCUGGGCCAACUCGUUGGAUCCGCCAUGCUUUUGGCCGCUACCGCGAUCUUUCUCUACUACACGGCGUGGACUCUUCUGAUGCCAUUUGUCGACCCUGGCCAUCCCCUCCAUGCCUUCUUCCUCCCCCGCGUAUGGGCGAUCCGCAUUCCCGUCUUCCUUACUCUCCUGGGCUCAGCUGUUGUUGGGACAUUCAUCGGAAUCGUCAUGAUCAAUAGCAACAAGAAGAAGGCCGCCAAGGCGAAGGCUGCUGCGAAGAAGAAGACUUGA